AAGGAUAAAAGCGACCCCGUCACCUCGCACCAAAUUUCACCAAACCCUCUCACCGUCCAGCGCCAAGAACCGAAAAUGGGCCAAAUCGAAGAACUCCCCGACGACUUCGACGAAUCGCUCAAUCUGAACGACGGCGCCGCCAACGCCGCGGCGGCCGCCGCCGCCGCAGCGACGACGACGACGGAAGAAGAGAUCCUCCCGAUCAAGCACGAGCGUCUCAAGGAUGUAGAGAGCAACGAUCCGAUGGCGCCGCGCAUGCCGCCGACGAUGCAGGCGGUGCAGACGCACACGACAGACGAGUUGGCGGAUAUCCUGAACCGGACGCCGUUGUUCAUGACGGAUAUGGAUAAGGCGCUGGAUGAGAACGGCGAAAACGUCAUGCUGGAUGCGAUCCGCGCGCUGCAGAACGAAGGAACCCGCGGCGAGGUGGCGCAGAGUUUCCGGUCCGAGGGGAAUGAGACGGCAAAGGAGAAGCGGUGGAUUGAUGCGAAGGAACACUAUACGAAGGCCAUCGCGGUGCUGCAGGCUAAGGAGGAUAAGUGGGAGAAGCCCGAGGAUGAGGAGGCGGAGAAGAAGCUGCAGAAGGAGGUGGAGGCUGCGUGCUAUAUCAACCGCGCGUUGUGUCAUUUGGAAUUACAAAAUUACCGCUCUACGACGCUCGAUUGCGCCGCCGCUUUGAAACUCAACCCCAAGAAUGUCAAGGCGUACUAUCGGUCUGCGUCGGCGCUGCUCGCCCUGGACAAAAUCCCUGAGGCGGAGGACGCUGCCGCGCGGGGUUUGGCGAUUGAUCCGGAGAACAAGUCACUGCAGACCGUGGCUGCCAAGAUUGCAGAGCGCAAGGCAGCGGUAGAGCGUGUCGCGGCGAAGCGGAAGGCCGAGGAGGAGCGCAAGCAGAAGGAGGCGCAGCUGCUGAGCGUCGCGCUGCAGGCGAGAGGGAUCCGCACGCGCAAGACGGAUUCGCCGCCGGAGAUGGAGGACGCGUGCAUCAAGCUCUCGCCAGACCCGCUGUCGCCCGAGAGCACCCUCGAAUUCCCCUGUGUGCUGCUCUACCACAUGGACGCGCAAACGGACUUCAUCAAGGCGUUCUCCGAAAUGCAUUCUAUCGAGGAUCAUCUGGAUUACAUCUUCCCGCUGCCCUGGGAUACCAAGCAUGAAUACACGAUCAACACAGUGGACUGCUUCAUGGAGACCGCCACGGGGGGGUUGAUCAAGGCGGGCAAGAAGCUGCCCUUGCUGCAGAUUCUGGCUAGUGGCAAGGUGGAGGUUGUGGAUGAACUGGUGAAAAUUUAUGUGAUCCCCACGUCGAAGACUGCCAAAUUCAUCGCCGAGAUGAAGGCCAGGAAGUCGGGUUGAGAUGGGCAAGACAGUGAUUUGACCCAAAUCAAAGUUGUGGUGGAUCGUGACUUCGCCAGAGUGGAUAGCCGGUCUAUUCACUUGUAUACCUUCUCGGUCUGAGAAUGACGAAGGACAAGCCAGGUCAACUGUCUGAAAGCUGCUGUAGAGGCACUAAUCAUGGCGACCUGCGUCUCAGGGCAACCAUAUGCCCGCUACUGUCGGUCUUUAUACCCGUUUAUCGUUGGUCGAAGAUCAUUCGGUUCCGGCAGUUGAUGCCAUUGUAAAUAUGUGCUGUUAGACACGAAUCAAAAAUUAUAUGACUUCGACAAAGCGUGUUUUAGGCAUGGAGGCAUGGCUACCAGAGGGUGGAUAGUGAGAAAGUGCUGAAUUUGCGCUGCACCACAUGCGAUUAUUCUGAACACUACUGC